AUGUGUUUUAGAGCCAAGACUGGUAAAAUUGCUGAUGCUGGUCAUGACAGGAUACCCCUUCAUGGUCGUGGUGAAAAUUACAGCAGGGCUGAUGCUGAAAGACUGCUGAGAAAAUUAGUUAUCGAAGCCAUUUUACAGGAGGACUUAAAAAUUACUGCCGCAGACACCACAGCUUGUUAUAUCAGGCUCGGACCUAAAGCCAAUGACGUGAUGAUGGGAAAACGCAAGGUGGAGUUACAGGUACAGGGCAGUAGGAAGGAAGUGGCUAAGAUCGGUAAAGAACCGGUCAGUAAACGGGAGAACGUUAAGCCAUGA